CGUCGAUAGCCUUCACUCAUUAUGUUCUUCCGUUUAUCUCUUUCAAAUUUCUGUUAACCAAAAUCAAAAGCGCAUGAUCAGAUUGCUUCGCUCUAAAUUACUACAACAUCCUAAUCACUGUAAAUCCAACACCGCAUUAUGCAUCAUCACUCAACGUUCGUUCUUAGCCCAACGCACUUCUCAUUCUUCACCAGAAUUCAACACUUACAUUUAUGGUUCUUUACUCCAAAGUUGUAUCCGAAACGGUGACUGCGCCACCGGAAAAUAUCUCCAUUGUGAGAUUAUAAAGAAGGGUAAUUGCCUAGACUUGUUUGCUAACAACAUUCUUUUAAAUUUUUAUGUAAAAUACGACUCAUUACCUGAUGCAGCUAAGCUGUUCGAUGAAAUGCCUGACAGAAAUACGGUGUCUUUUGUUACUUUGAUUCAAGGUUAUAGUCAGUGUCUUAGAUUUUCUGAAGCUAUUGGGUUGUUUUCUAGGUUACAAGGAGAGGGUCAUGAGCUUAACCCUUUUGUUUUUAGUACUGUUUUGAAGCUGCUUGUCAGUGCUGAGUGGGCUAAAUUGGGGUUUAGUGUCCAUGCUUGUGUUUACAAGCUUGGUUUUGAUUCUGACGCCUUUGUGGGUACUGCUUUGAUUGAUUGCUACUCUGUUUGUGGGUACGCUGAGUGUGCAAGACAAGUUUUUGACGCGAUUGAAUACAAGGAUAUGGUUUCUUGGACUGGGAUGGUUGCUUGUUAUGUAGAGAAUGAGUGUUUUGAAGAGUCUUUGAAGCUUUUUUCACGGAUGAGGAUAGUUGGGUUUAAGCCGAAUAAUUUUACCUUUGCGAGUGUGUUGAAGGCUUGUGUUGGGCUGGAGGUGUUUAAUGUGGGAAAGGCUGUGCAUGGAUGUGCUUUCAAAACAUCUUAUUUGGAAGAACUUUUUGUUGGUGUUGAAUUGAUUGACUUGUACAUCAAAUCCGGGGAUGUUGAUGAUGCUUUACAGGUGUUUGAAGAGAUGCCUAAAGAUGAUGUGAUUCCUUGGAGUUUUAUGAUUGCUCGGUAUGCUCAGAGUGAGCAGAGUGAAGAGGCUAUUGAGAUGUUUUGUAGGAUGAGGCGAGGUUUGGUGCUUCCUAAUCAGUUUACGCUGGCUAGUUUACUGCAAGCAUGUGCGAGCUUGGUGGAUUUGCAAUUGGGGAAUCAAAUCCAUUGCCAUGUAGUUAAGGUUGGUUUAGAUAUGAAUGUUUUUGUAUCAAAUGCUCUAAUGGAUAUGUAUGCUAAAUGUGGAAGGAUGGAGAACUCAUUGCAACUAUUUUCAGAAUCACCAAACUGUACUGAUGUGAGUUGGAAUACGGUGAUUGUUGGCUAUGUGCAGGCAGGCAAUGGGGAGAAGGCAUUGAUUUUGUUUAAAGAUAUGCUUGAAUGCCAAGUUCAGGGAACGGAAGUGACAUACUCUAGCGUGCUUCGUGCAUGUGCUGGUAUUGCUGCCUUGGAACCAGGCAGUCAGAUUCAUUCCUUGUCAGUGAAAACUAUUUAUGACAAGAACACCGUGGUUGGCAAUGCUUUGAUAGAUAUGUAUGCCAAAUGUGGAAACAUUAAAGAUGCACGUUUAGUAUUUGACAUGCUAAGGGAACAUGAUCAAGUGUCAUGGAACGCUAUGAUUUCAGGAUAUUCUGUGCAUGGACUAUAUGGGGAAGCUCUAAAAACUUUUGAAUCGAUGCUGGAAACAGAGUGUAAACCAGACAAGGUGACUUUUGUUGGUAUCCUGUCAGCGUGUAGCAAUGCCGGACUCUUAGAUAGAGGACAAGCUUAUUUUAAAUCUAUGGUAGAAGAAUAUGACAUUGAACCAUGUGCAGAGCACUACACUUGUAUGGUCUGGCUUUUAGGGAGAUCGGGUCAUCUUGAUAAGGCAGCUAAGUUGGUUCAUGAAAUUCCAUUUGAGCCUAGUGUUAUGGUGUGGCGGGCCUUACUCAGUGCUUGUGUCAUCCAUAAUGAUGUUGAACUUGGAAGAAUUUCUGCCCAGCGUGUUCUUGAGAUAGAACCAGAAGACGAGGCAACACAUGUAUUAUUGUCAAACAUAUACGCUAAUGCAAGGAGGUGGGGAAAUGUGGCCUCCAUUAGGACAAGCAUGAAAAGGAAAGGAAUCAGGAAAGAACCAGGCCUAAGUUGGAUUGAGAACCAGGGUAGGGUUCAUUAUUUUUCCGUGGGGGACACUUCACAUCCCGACACAAAAUUGAUUAACGGGAUGCUGGAGUGGUUGAACAUGAAAGCCAGGAAUGAAGGUUAUGUUCCUGAUUUUAGUUCUGUUUUGCUUGAUGUGGAGGAUGUUGACAAGGAACAGCGACUGUGGGUCCACAGUGAAAGACUAGCUUUAGCCUAUGGUCUAAUUAGAACACCAUCCAUAAGCCCUCUUCGAAUUAUAAAGAAUCUCCGAAUAUGUGCAGACUGUCAUGCUGCAAUAAAAUUAAUAUCAAAGAUUGUGCAGCGUGAUAUCAUUAUCAGAGAUAUGAAUCGUUUCCAUCACUUUCAUGAGGGAAUUUGCUCUUGUGGUGAUUACUGGUGAUUGAUGUAAAAAGGUAGAUUUUGAUUUUUUGGGAGCUAGACUUUCCAUCUGCAUGAUAAAGUUCCUAAUCAUGGUGGUUUGUUUAUUAUAAGGAAGCCUCUGCUUUCUGCUUUUUAGUCAUGAAAUAAAAUCCAUCAACAUUUAUGUCCAUGCAGUGCUAAACCCUGACCUAAUAUGCAGUUGCAAGUCAGCCAUAUAUCAGCUCAGCUGCAAAAGCUUUGACAUUGAUCACAAUGGAUAGAUUCUUUCACCCUAGAAAAUGAAGUGCAGGAGGUAUGAAUCUACAACCAAUCUAUCUAUAUAUUGAUUGAUCUUCUUGAAGUGGUAUUUUUUUUUUUUAAUUUGGUUUGGGAUAGCUAGCUUCUUUUGAACUAUAUCUUGAGUGAUUGAUGUGAUGCAUCCCCAAUUAUUCACACCCGGUGCAGAAAUUUAUUGCCUUCGAGAAGGACGUGUUUGUAUAAAAGAUGCACGUGUCUAAGAAAAGUGCUUCAUGCAUCCUUCUGGAUUUUCUUGUUGGCUGUCCUAUUAUGACUGUUGUAGUUGAUGAAAGUGCCUUUAAGCUCUGCCUUCGCUGAGGGACUAUACACUUACUCUUAACAGUUUAAACUUACACAAGGGCAAGAGAGUGAACUGCCUUUAUCCUCGCAAAAUAUGCUUUAACUUUAGAAUUUUGGUUUUGGAAGUGUUUAUUUCAGUUGCUUUUUAAAGAGUUAUUGAUCAUCAGAACACGAGGACUCUUAAUAUUGAAGCUUGCUACACUGAUGCCUUGUUAAAUGUAUAUGAUGCAUCUUCUGGGUUUCAUCAGGGUAAAUUUAUCCAUUUUGGGGAAACAAAAAAAAAAGAGAGAAUAAGUUUUUAAUGAAGUUUUUGGAAUCAAAUUGCCUCCCAUAUUGGUUUAAAUACAACAAAUUUGGUUCAAAACACUGCCUUCAAUGAUUAUUCCUGAGGCAGCAAUGGCUAGAGUUUUUUCAUGCAAGCAUAUGUUACAAUUGCCCGUCCAUGUUUUAUGCUUGUUAAAUCAUCUACUUUCGAUCAUUGAAGUUGUCCUGGUGAGGCUUGGUGGAACCAAGUUAUUAUUUGUUUUGUGCAAUAAACAAAAAUGAAGAAAAUGCCCUGCCCUAGCAUUGUAUGCAUGGUGGCAUUUUUAUGAAUUAAACAGUCAUGUUCUAUGUGAGUAUUUAAGGGUUAGAAAUGGCAAUGAAUGUGAUGAAGAUGUUUCUGCAGUUGGGGAGAGCGAGAAAGAGGAAAAAUGAAGGAAAAAGAGAAGAAAGAUAUAAAUCUGUGAAAUUAAAAGCAGAACUGAAAUUCAUAAAAUAAUUACGAAGAACUAGAAAGGCAUGCAACCCGAUAUAAUUAGAAAAGAAAAGUCUAACCACUGCUUUUUGUGGUGACUGCAAAAAAUUACGUGUAGAUUGGAAAGAGAUGAAGAAAGAGGGAAAUAGUUAAGACCACAGCCAAUUGCGAUGCAUAUAACACAUGGUGGAGGGCCCGUAUGUAAUGUCCAUGUGAUUUGUCUGCUCAAAAUUUCAUAAUCAUUGUUACCAGUAUACGGAGUGACUAGAAUAUAAUGUAUUCCACUGAUGAUAAUGUGCUAUUGGCUUUUUGUGUAGUCCUCAUCGUAUGUUUGGAUUUGUAAUCAUAGUUCUUGACAAGCAUGCCAUUCCAUGAAUUUAGCAUCAUCCAUCAUUUUGGUACCCACAUUCAAAGUUGUGGGCAAUGAGAUUUAAAUCCUAUUUGGUUCGUCUUUAGGUCAAAUUGAGAAUAUGGUGCUCAUUGACCACAACAAUAUUUUGUCCACAGGGACCUUGCUCAUGUUUCAUUCAGAUCCUUCAUUGUUUGUAGUCAUUGAUAGCGGAUGAUAUUCGUGGUAUGUCUCUCUAGCAUGUUUGUGCUGACAAUUACUAUUAUAUCACAAUUUGCAUCUGUAUGGUUCAUACUUCCGCUCGUACAUGGCAGAAGGCAUCAUUUCACAAUUUGGAAAAGUUCUAGAUAUGUUGGAAUCCUCAGUGCUCUUCUUAGGACUUCUGGUUUGUUAGUCAUGUUUCAAAUAAAAUCACUAGAAUUAUUGAUGUUUUGACUCUUGAGAUCCCUUCUCAUCUUCCAAAAUCAUGUUAUAGCCCAUAGAGGAUAGAGAAAAUUUGCCAUGCUAGCAAGUUCACUGCAUCUCAAAUUUUUACUGGAUGAAAGGGCUAUGGUAACACUGAUGUUUCAACAUUCCCUCAUUCCCACUUACAGUAUUUUAGUUGAUCAUGGACUUGGACUUGCCAUCCGAGAAAAUUAUCUUUUUUUUAACUUGCCCUAGCCUCUAUUGUUAAAUAAUUGAAUCUACUAUUAUUACUCCUGAUGUGUUUCCCUCUUUUUGAUUGCUGUUCUAGUAUUACUCUGCAUGAAGCUUUGCUAAAGUUAGUGGUAUCCACUGUGCUGUGUUCACUCGUCAUGAAGACAGAUGCAGAAAGCUUUUGACGCAUUUGAGCUUCUAAUAUGUGCUUCAUAUGGAGAAUUGUAAAGGUUUCCAUUGCUUGUUAUAUAAGCCUCAAAUUAGAUGUGUGGAUAUCGAUUCCAGAAAUGUCAAGGAAGCUCGAUCUUUGAUUUUUUAA